ACGAGGUUUGUGGAUGGUGAUUAAUUUUGUGGAAGGGGGAACAAAACUUUGAUUCGCAUCUAGCGCAUCUAAUCGCCGUUAAACCACCUUCCCAAGAUUUUUAUAAUCUUAAAUAUCUUAUCUUUCUUCUUGUGGGUGCUAAUAAAAUUUGCCAAAAUUCCGGUCCCUACAAAAAUACGUGAAGGCGCCUACCCCGGCAGGAGCGAGGAAGGCAGAAUGAACAACAAACGGAAAACCAGACCGAAUGCUUCAAGGUCUCCACGUACACGUCCGGAGAGAAGCGUGACAGCUGAUGGCAUUUACCAGAAUCCACAUUUCAUGCACGCAAUUACUAGUCACGUUGGCAAUAACGUUUUGAUAUCAACUCUAAAUGGAUCGGUAUUUGAAGGAGUUUUCCGAACAUUUUCAAGCCAAUUUGAUGUUGUUCUUGAGAUGGCACACAAAGUUAAUACAGAUGAUCCAAGCAAAAUUGAUAUCGAUACUGUUGUUGAAAAGUUAAUUUUCAAGCCCGAAGAUAUUGUUACAAUUGAAGUGAGAGAUUGUGAUUUGGAAUACGCUACAAGAGAUACGUUUCAGACUGAUACUGCCAUAAGCAAAUUCAAUGGCAAUAUAAGUGGAGAGCGUGAGCUCGAACCUUGGGAUGAACCAGGUUGUAAUGGAGAUGAAUUUGAUCUUGAUUCAAAUAGUUCGCUCGGUUGGGAUCCUAAUGAAAUGUUCCGCAAGAAUGAGAGAGACUAUGGCGUUCAGUCGUCGUUUCAGCCAUCAAUGGAAUCUUAUACUGUGCCAUUACAGAAGAAAGAUACAAAAGAAUUCAAAGAUGCGGAGGCAAAAGCAGCAAAGAUUGCAAGUGAAAUAGAGAGUAACCCAAAUUACAAAGCACGUGCUGAAUUGGAGAACGGUGACGAGGAGGAACGUUUUGCGGCAGUUAUCCGGCCAGACGGCCAGGGUGAAGCAGGCAAAUAUUUGCCUCCACAGAAGCGCAAGACAGGCCCUGCACCACCAUCUGCAGGCAAGGGCGUGCGUUCAACCCCUCCACCACAGCCCCAAAUAUCUCAACCGUCGCAACAGCCAGCAGCAACACAGCAGCAGCAACAACAGCAGUUGCCACAGUUACCGUCUUCCACAAAGGCGUACCCACCUCUCCCACAAACAAAUAGCUAUCACCAUUCGGUAAUAUUUUCAGUUUCUCAGCAGCAGCAGCAGCAACAGCAGCAGCAAUCUUCUCAGCAGCAGCCACAACCGCAGGCACACGCCGCCCAGCCGCAGGCUACACCACAGCUGCCAAUGCCGAGGCAUCCUUCACCUGGCUCCCCUGUUGUUCCUGUGGGCAUCAGAGAGCCCAAAGUCAAUGGAAUGGAACCAAAGGCUCAGCGGACACCACAGAUAAGGGGAGGCACUCGAGCUUUCACAAACGUGGAAUCUCAGGGACAUCAUCAGGGACCCACAAAGCAACACCCAGUGGCUAUAACGCCAUCAUCUGUUCCGCCAGCACCGUUUCCGAGUGCAGGAGCAGGGACAAGUGUGCCUCCACAGGGUCAACCUCCACAACAGGCUCCGUUAGCCACAGUUCACCAAGCACAGAGCCCUUUACCUGCCUCGCCAUCUCCAGUCCGGUCUCCUGCAAACGAUGGGGUUGGAAUUGUCCCAUCUGUGACAGCUCCAACCACAAAGAUUGCAGAUCAGCAGACAGCCCCCUCUUCUGUAUCGCAGCAACAGCAGCAGCUGCCACAACCAGCUCUGCCAACCACAGCUCCUAAUCAAUCCCAAGGGUCACUGCCACGAAGCAAGGUUCCAGCUGGACGUGGUCGGGAAGAACAACUGGCAGAGCUGAAGAAAUUUGGACAAGACUUCAAACUGGCUGAAGUGGAUAGCUCCGACAGGAAACAGCACCAAAAUUCUACUGCUCCACCAUCAUCUGUUUCCCAACCAUUGCCGCAGCAUCAGGUUCAGACACCACAGCCACAGCAGCAGCCUCUCGUCCAGCAGCAGCAACAGUCAGCACCUUCUGCCCAGCAGCAGCAGCAGCAACAACAACAACAACCACCAUCUUCACUGCCCACACAGCAGCAGCAGCCAGCUGCAGUGCAACCGCAGCAACAGCAGCCGCCACAGCAGACGGAAGAACAUAAGGAGCAGGGAGAAAGUGCUGACAAGGUGUCAAAUGCCCUCAAGAAGUCUACACUAAACCCGAACGCAAAGGAGUUUGUGUAUAAUCCCAAUGCCAAACCAUUUACUCCUAGGUCACCCAGUACACCAACACCAUCAAGACCUCAUACUCCUCAAACGCCACAGUAUGCUGCUGGUAUGGCAAUGGUGGUUCCAACAUAUGUAGUGACAACAAGCCAACCUGCUUUCACAAAUCCUAACCAAGGAAACCGCUUCCGUAAAAUCCAGGUGAUGCCGCACCGGAAUGAUAUUGCAUCCCAGAUGUCGGUAGCAGCAGCUACAGGGCAGCCGCUGCUUGCCCCAGCACCUGCCCCGAUGCAUUCGCAGUUUACAGUGCCGUAUGCUCCUCCAGGUCAUAUGACACCUCAGCCAUACCAUCAGCAGCAGAUGGUUCGAAUGGUGGCACAACACGGAGGUGGUGUUGUGCCCCUAGGAGCUGUUCCCACGUCAGUCAGCUACCACCAUGAGUCCCCGGGACCUCAGCCGGCACCUGGUCCCCAGUUGCAGUAUGUGCCGGCCGCUCACGCGGCAGCUGUCGGACCACCUCACCCACAUCAUCCGCAUCACCCACACCACGCCCACCACCACGCUCACCACCAUGCGCCACCUCCCCCGCCGCCACCUUCGGGCGGCGGCCCAGGCACCCCGUCACCUGCACAGGCAGCCGGCAACCCAGGAGGGCCUCCACAUGCACAUGCGGCAGCAGCCGCUGCCGCUGCUGCGCAGGGCGCGCCCACUUACCACCACCAUCCUGGAGGGUCACCAGCGGCUGGAACUCCUGGCGGCCCCGCGGGAUACCAGCAGGGUCCGCCCCCACCUCCUCAGGGGCCCCACCCUCCCGGCCCGGCACCACCUCCCCCGCCACCACAUGCUUUCCCUGUGGUGUGCCCUAUCCUUCCUACACAGCAGCUGGGACCCCCACAUGCCCAUGCACCUCACCAUGUCGUGCAGCAGGCGGGUGCUGUUCAACAGGCUGCUGCUGCUGUUCAAUAUAUUCAUCAACACCAGGGUGCCUACCACCACCAACACCCUGCAGCUGCAGUUGGCAGUGGGCAACCACAUCCUAUACAAGUGAUUCUGCACACAAUCAAUGACAAGGAGUCAGAAAUUAGUAGAUAAUCUAAUUAUUAAGUAAAAUUGCAAGUGCAGUUGGAGUUAAAAGUAAAAAUGAGUACUGGUGGCAAUGUUAUGGAAUGGCAGCUUUGAGGGAAGUAGUUGAGCGUGUGCAUAUGAUGCGAGAGAUUACACAUGAGCAAACUAUAUAAAGAUUCCUUUUGACGUACAAAAACAGGGAAAAAGCUCCCACCUUUUGCUCUGUGAUUAAGUUAAUCUUUCUCAUUUCCAUCCCACAAUACAUUGCUUAAACAAUAACUGUGGUUUGUGUAUGUUCCACAAAGAGGUUACAAAGAACAUUGAUGAUGGAGCAAGGAAAAGAGAAUGGAUACUCAAACAAAUAAGGUGCCUGUGAUAUAUUUUAUGCAACAAUUUCAUGAUGGUGCUUCUGAUGAUGACGCCUCAUAAUGAGGCAGCAGCAGAGUGCUGAGGUGGCUCAUUUUACAUUUUGUAGAUUUUAAUGCAAAACUUACAUGAGGUAUUUUAUUUACCUCAUACUUUUGUAACUUUAACUGCAGGUGUGAUGAAGCAUCUACAGUGUUUGAUAGUGCAGUUGUUGAGGCCCUAAUUCAAAAUAAACAGUAUGUAGCAGUUUUUGCUGUGUCAUAUGUUGAAGCAGUUGUUUCUCACAGAAGGCAAGUUAAUCGUGUACUUUCAUGUACCCAAAUGAACUCAUUUACUUGUAUUAUUUUCUUCUCUACUUUCAUCAUCGUGGUUGACUUUUAAGGUUGUUUUUUAUUAUUAUUAUUAUUAUUAUUAUUAUUUUCAUUGGUAAGCAAGAGUUCGCUUCUUCAUCUGAGGUGGUGUUUUAAGUGGUGUAGCUAUCACUCCAGCAGUAGGAGGAAAAUACAGGAGACAUGUGAAGGAUGUGUCUUCCAUCAGUCUGAAUUUCUCAAAUAGCUGUUACUAGGAGUGAGACAUACUGUUUUACAAUAACAUUUAUUAGUUUCAGGAUUUUGCAAUUAGUAUCUGAUCAAUGAAGCAGAGUCAGAAAGUUGUCUUUCAAACAAGUAUUAGAAAAUUUUGUCUAUCACUAUGUUCAUGUGAUGGCAUGCAUUCUUAUGAAAGCGUUACAUAAUUCAUAAUUAUAUUUAAUUCUUUGGUCUUUAUGGGAAAAGUGUUACAGUUAGAAAAUUGAAAGUAUUUUUCUGCAUAUUUCGCAAAAUAGUAGCAGAUAUUGAAUAUUCCAUAAAGCAGUGUCCUUACAUGCUUUGUGAUGAAUCCCCCAACCAGUACGUAAAGUGGUAUGGGAGUUAAUGUGUUGAGAUGUGUUUGGCUUUCUCAUACUUCAUGUUUUUUAACAAACCUUGAAAUGUGUUGAAUUUUGUGCUGCUUUCUUUUCUUAUACAUACAUAUAUUUUACUACAGGUUUCUCAUGUAUUUUCCUACGUAAAUACCUAUCUCUAGAGAAGAUGGUGGUCAUGUGUGUUCUUAAAUACAUUUUCUGUGUGUGUGUGUGUGGGGGGGGGGGGGGGUGCUCCAUGUUGCUGUCUUUUGAAAAUCCUGGUGUAUGAAAAGUGAUAAAAUACUGGGACCAUCAGCACAUAACUGCCUCUUUUCAGUUGAGAUAUAUUAUUAAUUUUGAUAUCUAGGUUUUCAUAGCAACCUCUGUCAUCUUGUAAUUGUUGCUUGUUGUGUUGGUAAAGUUCGUGAGCAGUGCAACAGGUAUUCUUACCUCAAAUUUCCUGAGAUAAGUGUUUGCUGUAAUUUGGGAAUUUAUCAUUUGUUGGCGGGCAUUACAUUUUUUCUAAAUUUAAAGUACUAAACAUUUGAGAUUCUGUAAAGAUUAAAAAAUCAGUUUUUAAAACAUUAAGCAUUUAAUCUACACAGAGCUCUCGCUUAGGAAGGUAUGGAGGGUAAAGUGUGUUAUUUGUAAGUAAUACUUAACUACUUUGUACUUCCCUUGUCUGCUGAAUACACCUCCUAAUUGUUUAAAUUAUUUACACAUAUAGCCAGUUUUGUUGUCAUUGUCAUGUAUUUUUUAACAUGAAUAUG